AAAUGCAACAAAUGCAACAAUUAUUUCAACAACAAUAUGGUGGUGGUGGAUUUAGAGCGGUUGGUAACCAAGGAGUGGUAGACGAGAAUGAUGAAGAAAACAAAAUAACGCAGACGAAACAAAUCUCGAGUGAAGGUUACCUUGCAAGUGUUUGGAUAUUCAAAUAUUGCUUGGUAAAAAGCACCCCGCAAGUCAACUGUACCAGUUACUCUAACACAGCUGUGCACAUGGAACGAAGUUGUCUGCAACUCUAGGAAAACAUGUUUGCGGGGUGAGAAUCACAUGACAAAGUUGCGGGGUGAGAAUCACAUGGCAAAGUUGCGGGGUGCAAUUCUCCUUGCAAAAUGUUGCGACUAACGUUUUUGCAGGGUGAGCGUGUCACCUCGCAAAUGUUACGUUGCAGGGUGGUAUUUAGCUUUGCGGGGUGAUUUGCACCUGGCAAAAUUGAGUUUUUUUUGUAGUGAAGAAUAUAAAUGGCUUAACAAGUUUGAAAUUUAGUACAUAGAUAGAAGAAUAUAAAUGGCUUAACAAGUUAACAGCAUAAUAUGACUCUAUAAAAAAAAUAAAAAACAACAUAGCAUCAUACUCUCUUCACGAGUUCCCUCCGUCUCUUAUGGCUACACCAGACUUAGCGGUGUGUCAAUAACAUGUAUAUGUUGCCUUUCCAAUACAAGCACUCAAUAGUCCUUUGCCCCUCUUCAAAGGCACAUAGGUCAACUAUCAGUUUCUCAAUACUAGAAUUAAAUUAUACAAGAAACAAGAUAAAAAAACAUUAAUGCACUUGUUUAGUAUAAAUAUAUGGUAGGGUGACGGAGUAGGGAAAAGAGAAAACAUCAUAGGAAAGUUUAUUUCUUUGUAUUAUUAGAGGAAGCUAGUAGUGAUGGGUGUCUCAAAGAGAAAUUGCUUAAUAUUUUUUGUGUUGCUUUCUUUGGCAAUGAAUAUGGAAACAAUUGCAGGAGCAGUAACAGACAACCUGAGCUGCAACUUUCUGAGCAGUCCGUGCUUUGGAAAGAAAAUAAAAUGCCCUAUUCAGUGCCCUCUUAAAUCACCCUCUGACCCAAAUGCCAAAGUUUGCUCUCUUGACUGUGCUUCUCCCAUAUGCAAAACUCAAUGCAAACAUCGCAAACCAAACUGCAAUGGUCGUGGAUCAGCAUGCUUAGACCCGCGCUUUGUUGGAGCAGAUGGAAUAGUUUUCUACUUCCAUGGAAGAUCCAAUCAACAUUUCGCCUUAGUAUCUGAUCAAAAUCUCCAAAUCAAUGCACGUUUCAUUGGCCUAAGACCCAAAGGUAGAGCAAGAGAUUAUACAUGGAUUCAAGCACUUGGAAUCCUCUUUGAAUCUCACAACUUCAUUGUGGAAGCAACCAAACCAACAAAAUGGGAUCAUGAAAUUGAUCAUUUGAAAUUCUCUUACAAUGGAGAGGAACUUCAUGUUCCUCGAGGUUACCUCUCUAAAUGGGAGUUUCAAGAAAAGAAAAUUAGUGUAGAGAGAACAUCAAACACCAACAGUGCUGUUGUUAAUGUUCAUGGAAUUGUGGAGAUAUAUGUGAAUGUUGUGCCUGUAACUAAGGAAGAUAGUAGAAUUCAUAACUAUCAAAUUCCUGAUAAUGAUUGUUUUGCUCAUUUGGAGGUUCAGUUUAAAUUUUAUGAUCUGUCUUCCAAAGUUGAAGGUGUUCUUGGGAGGACUUAUCAGCCGGAUUUUGAAAAUCCAGCGGCUAAGUUAGGUGUGGCAAUGCCGGUGGUUGGAGGUGAAGAUAGAUAUAGAACUACAUCACUUCUUUCUUCUGAUUGUGGUGCUUGUUUAUUUGUUCCUGGUGAUAAUUCCAGAAACAACAACAAUGUGAUUGUGCAAGUGUUGCCAACAGUGGGAAUGGUGUAGUUUGCAACAAAAAAUUAUUGAUGUUGUUUGUGAUAAUAUUAUUGUUUUCUGUUGUGUUAUAUAAAAAGACAAGUGUUUGUCAUGGAUUUACCUUGAAUAAAAAGUUCAAUGUUUUAUUGGCUACUGUGAAAAACUUUAACACCUUGA